UGAUAAACACUGACAGGCAGCUGUUCCCUCAGUAUCAUGUUACCGAGCGCACAUGUGAGGUUUGCCUGUGUGAUGUGAAGCGGAGACCCGAGUAGAGAAUCAUCUGAAUCACCAGCGACACACGAUGGAGCCUGUUAUCACCAUCACCCCCGGGGCCUCCAAGUGGGACAUCCGCCAGCUGGUGUGGGACUACAUCGAGGAGAAGAACCUGGCCAACUUCCCGAGGCCUGUGCACAACCGGAUCCCCAACUUCAAGGGGGCCUUCACAGCCUGUGCCAAGGUCGCUGAGCUGGAAGAGUUCACCAACACACCUGAGGUGAAGGUGGAUCCGGACAAACCUCUGGAGGGGGCUCGGCUGGCAGUGCUGCAGGCUCAGAAGACUUUACUGGUCCCGACACCUCGGCUGCGUACGGGUCUUUUCAACAAGAUUACUCCUCCUGAAGGGGCCAACAAAGAACAGCUACGCGUUUGCUCUUCCUCUCAGGGUGUGAGAGACUUCAGUGUGCCUGUUGGCCUUGAUGCGAAGGUGAAGGUAGAUCUGGUGGUGGUUGGCUCAGUGGCGGUGUCAGAAAAAGGCUUACGGAUUGGAAAGGGAGAGGGCUACGCUGAUCUGGAGUAUGGCAUGAUGGCUUCAAUGGGAGCUGUGGAUGACUCAACUGUGGUGGUUACUGUGGUUCAUGACUGCCAGGUGUUGGACAUUCCAGAGGAGCUGAUGGAAAGUCAUGACCUGACCGUGGACUACAUCCUCACACCCACCAGAGUUAUCAAAACCAAUUGCCAGUCACCCAAGCCACAGGGAAUCAUCUGGACUAAGCUGGACACUGAAAAGCUGGAGAAGAUUCCCAUCCUGAAGGAACUGCGUGAUCUGGAGGAACAGCUUGGAAAGGAUGUAACGCUGGGGGAGGUGCCUCCUGCUGGAGAGCCUGGUCUUCACGCCGGUCCACCCAAAAGACAAACCAGGAGGAGGCCAAGGCAGAACACUCAGCAGGAUGAUGAGGGGGAAUCCAGACAGGAGAAUAGAGGAGAGGGAGAACAGAGAUCCAGACCACGUCCACCUAGAGUGAGGAAAGACAACAGAGGAGAGGGCAGGAGAGAGGAUGCGGGAGAAGGCGGUGAGAGAGGAAAGGGGAGAGGUGGAUGGAGGGAGAAGGGCCAAGAGGAAAGGGAGGGCGAGGUCGUGUCUCAGCGUAAGCUCCCCCUGAGUGUGACCACAGUUUACCUGGGGGGGAUCCCUGCAGGGAUACGUGUUAGUGAGCUGAAAACUGCCCUCAGAGAGAGGGAGGCCGCUCCGCUGAGGCUCACCUGGCAAGGAGCUCAACACAGGGCCUUCCUUGACUACAGCGACCCCCAGGUUGCAGAGCAGGCCCUGGAGGCUCUGCAGGGUCUCAGUCUGAAUGGUCAGAGUCUGCAGGCUGAGCUGGCCAAGAGCCAACGAGGGGGGAAGAGGUCUGGACAGUCCAAUAGGAGACCAAGACCAUCAGCAGCUGAGAAACCGAUUGCGGCAUCAACAGAUAGCCAGGGUGAAGCAGCUGAGGAGAAUAGCACAGAGCAGUAAUAACACAGGACAGGAAGUAUUAAGGAUGGUGCAACCUUUAACACCUUCACAAGAGUUAAGCUGGGUUUUUAAUUUUUCUAGAUUUAUUUACAAGAGGACCUCGUUUCUAAAGAAAAAAUGUUCAACACAGACUGCGAAAGUGACAAUAUGUGAAUAUAUCAUGCAACAGCAAUAUGUAAACAUAUAACGGCUGAGUCGCAGCAUCAAAGUAUUUCACUACAUAUUUUUUUUGUUCAUACUUAACCAACUCACCUGAGUGCCUUGUCUUAUUGACACACACCUGGUCUGUGUCCCGAGAGCCCUCAUUUUCCGAAGGUGAUUUUUUUUUUUUCCAGUAAUUCAUUGUAUAAGGCUUCCUCUCUUUUAUUUCCACAACCAGCUAUCAGUAGUUCCUCCUCCAGUCGCGUUGCAGACCUGUUUGUCUUAUUUUCCUGAAACUCAAUACAUUUAAAGAAGAGCCAGCCAGUUUUUGUUGCAGUUAGCGCCACCCUGUGGCCACUUACUCAAUUUAUAUACCCCAGAUAAUGCCUGGCUCAUGAGGCAUGGCAGUAAAAAUAAUUUGUCUACUAAUAAUACACAGUAUAUCCAUAUAUACCACAGUUUUUGACCACAAAAGUUAUGAAUUGACCAUGACCACUCUAUACUACUUUUUUUCAGCAUUUGACACAAGUUGCCAUAAAUCACAAGUAGUUUCAACCAAAUGUAGAGGAUGGGAAAACACCUGCAAAACUUCAGGCUACCUCCUAAUUUGAUUAUAGACAAUAUAAUGCAUUUAAUUAGCCAUGAUUUAAGGGUGCAUUAGAAUUUUGUUUUUUUUAAGUUGUAUUUGCACAUUAGUCUGAAUUUAUGCAUUAUCUAAAAAUAAACAUGAUUGUCUAUCUAUAUUAUAUCAAUAUCUUAAGCUAUUUUAUUUUAUUUAAGAAUAAGACAUUUGGAGGAUUGUUAAGAGCCGAAGCUCCUUGAUUUUUGUUUUCUGUGCUUUCGACUUACUAAGUUUUUUUUCAGUGUGUGCAUUCGAGCAGUGAUUUGUACCGUUAUUGAUAAAACUGUCUCCAUGACUUUCUCUCUGGUUAGUAACUAUUAGUUUGAGAGAAGAGAUACAUGGCUGCACUGUUACAAUCUUCAUGUAUCUGUUUGUAAUGCAUUUCACAGUAACACUCUUCACUAAAGAGUUUGGCUGUA